CGAACAAACGAACGAACGAACAAACAAAGUCCAAGGGAGAGACCUCUCUUCCACACUUGCCAGCUGCUUGCUACUCUUUCUCUCCCAUGUCUUCAUCUCCCAAAAGCGUUACGUUUCGUAUCUCUUGGCUUUAACCUUUUCCUCCUCUCUUUUACGGCUGUAUAGUCAGUCGGUUUUAAGACCCACAAAAAAAUAUAUAUAUAUAUCAAUAGAGAGAGAGAGAGAGAGAGAGCGCUCGCGCUUUAUGGCUUUGAGUUUUGUAUUCUAUUUGGAGAAAGGGUUUCGAUUGGUAGCUUCUUCAUUCGUAAUCGGAGCCUGAAGAGAGGAGAGAGGAUCAGUUGCAAGGCAUGGCUUUUCGCUCGAUGUUUUGUUGCGCUAAGGGUUUGGAUCGGAAAGAACAGAGGAAGAAGCAACCGACAUGGAGGAUUUUUUCUUUGAAGGAAUUGCAUUCUGCCACAAACAAUUUUAAUUAUGACAAUAAGCUCGGAGAAGGCGGAUUUGGCAGUGUUUAUUGGGGUCAGCUAUGGGAUGGCUCUCAAAUCGCAGUGAAAAGGUUGAAGGUCUGGAGCAGCAAAGCAGAAAUGGAAUUUGCAGUUGAGGUUGAGAUUUUGGCACGAGUGCGGCAUAAGAAUCUGCUAAGCUUACGUGGCUAUUGUGCAGAAGGGCAAGAGCGUCUAAUUGUUUAUGAUUACAUGCCUAACCUGAGCUUGCUUUCUCAUCUUCAUGGGCAACAUUCAGCUGAGUGCCUUCUUGAUUGGAAUCGACGAAUGAAUAUUGCAAUUGGAUCAGCCGAGGGAAUUGCCUAUCUUCAUCAUCACGCAACCCCACACAUAAUCCACAGAGACGUUAAAGCGAGCAAUGUAUUGCUGGAUUCAGAUUUUCAAGCCCGAGUAGCUGAUUUUGGUUUUGCAAAGCUAAUACCUGAUGGUGCAUCGCACGUGACCACCCGAGUUAAGGGUACCCUUGGUUACCUUGCGCCAGAAUAUGCAAUGCUAGGGAAGGCAUCAGAGAGCUGCGAUGUCUACAGCUUUGGCAUUCUUCUGCUAGAGCUUAUGAGUGGCAAGAAACCCCUCGAAAAGCUUAGUUCAACGAUGAAGUGCGCAAUUACGGACUGGGCUCUGCCCCUGGCAUGCGAGAGGAGAUUCAGUGAGCUGGCGGACCCACGAUUGAACGGGAAGUACGUAGAGGAGGAGUUGAAAAGAGUCGCCUUUGUUGGACUGUUCUGUGCGCACAGUCGACCGGAGAAGAGACCCACCAUGCUCGAGGUGGUGGAGCUGUUGAAGGGUGAGUCGAAAGAUAAGUUUGCUGCUCUAGAGAAUGAUGAAUUGUUCAAGAGGGAUGUGGCUGCAGAUCGCAGUGAUGGGGGUGAUGGCCCAGACUUCAUAUCUGAGGAAAAAGGACCGGACUUGGAAUGAAGGUUUGUGAUUUGUGAUUCGUGAUAUUUAUGGGUGUGCAGAGUGUUGAUUAUUGAAGUUGCACUAGCUUCGCUUAGCUAGUACCAGUAGUGGGGGAUGUCAAUAGUCCAAGUUUUAAAGGUGCAAUGAAUGGCCUUUGAUGAACCAACAAGCAUUUGUUUCUGUGAGUGAUGCUUUCAACUGUGGAUUUUAUCAUGUGUAUUAUUAUUGUCUUCAUCCCUUUUGUCUUUCUUGGGUACAUACACAGUACCGAGCUGUUUGUUUCUAUUCUGUAUAUUGCUCUUCUCUUUGGUGUUCUC